AACCGUGUGGUAAUGUAAAAAAAGAAGUUCAGGCCUUACACUUCAAAAUGAUCAGAUUCAGAAAAUUUCCAUUAAUCCAAGGAUUAUCAGAUUUAUGCAUUUUUCUACUUUAAAACAAGAAGACGGUUAAAUAGAAAAAAUGUAAGAGAAUAUGUGAAAAAAAGAAAAAAGAAAAGGUUUAAGAUUAACUGAUUUCAAAGAAAGAUAAAUGGUAUCUUCUGGUCUAGCCAAUAAGUUUGUUGUAGACGUGUAAUAGAAACCUAACGAGUGAUGCUAGUGAUUCAUUUAUAUGUAGUCAGUUUCAGUUGAGUAGGCCAAGUUAGCAAGCGUACGACCAACUUUAACAGCUAAACCAUCAUGUUUUUUGGUUUAAAUAAACCUUACGAUAAAUUAGAAUUAGUGUAUGCAUUGUGGACAAGCGUUUUGAUUCUUGAAAUGAUGAUAUUGAUUUGGUUCACCGGUCGUAUUAGAAAAAAAACUCAAACAAUACACAGUGAAGAAGAUCAUAUGUGGAUGGAUGAUAAAAAUUUACCUCUUUAUCCAUGUGGAGGGGGUCAUCCCGACGUUGAUCGUAUUCGUGUAGCUCACUAUCACGAUUUAAAUAUGGUAAUGACAUUUGCGUUAAUAAUUCCUCUUUGGUUACAUACAUCACCAAAGUAUCAGACUGCAAGUAUCUUGCUACGGCUGUUUCCAAUCAUGAAAAUAAUGCAGACGAUAGCAUUUACAAUUGUAAAAGAAUUAAAUUUUAUUUUUUUACUAAUAUCUGAUGUUAUAUGUUAUUCUAUUUUAUUAUAUAUGACUGUUAAUUCAAUUUUAUUUUAUUGUAUGUAAUAUAUUUAAUCCAUUAUUAAUUUUAUUUAUAAAUAAUGUUGCUUUCAUCUUAA